ACGAGUCUUCCAUUUUUGCUUUGGAUUCUUCUUGCUGAAUAAACCUAGACGUACCUGAGCAUCUGUUCUCCGAAACCUGUUUCCAAUAUGGUCCGAAUUACCUGCACCAUCUCCGUGACGACGGGCGACGAACCCGUCGGAGGAUCUUACACCGGCAGCUUCGAUGACCGCUACAGACGGGUCGCUCAUACCCCCGACGGCGAACCCGGACGCCACAAGGACGACCGCGACGACUCCGAGGUUUAUACCGAACCCGAAGACGAAGUCGUGCCCAACAUGGACCUGGCGACCUUCUUCGGCGGUUGUUCCCUUCACGGCCCCAACCACAUCUUCGUGGAGAACAAGAAGUUCAGGGUGCGCCAGGCUCUGUGGGCGCUCUGCUUCCUGAUGGCGCUGUCGCUCUUCCUGUUCCAGGUGGGCGACCGUGUGGUGUACUACCUCUCGUACGACCACGUCACCAUGCUGGACGAGAGGAACGCGCCAAACAUGACCUUCCCCGCCAUCACGCUGUGCAACUACAACACCUUCCGGCGCUCGCAGCUCAGCUACAGCGACCUCCUCUUCAUGGGGCCGCUGCUGGGAUACGAGGAUAACAUGGCGCCCGGGUUCCAGCUCGCCCCCGAGCCCGAUCGGCAGGGCGCCCGCUUCAGCCUGGCCGAGUUCUACAACCGGACGCGCCACCGCAUAGAGGAUAUGAUGCUGGACUGUUCGUUCGCUGGGAAAGAGUGCGGACCCGAGCACUGGAGAGAGAUCUUCACUCGAUACGGUAAAUGCUACACCUUUAAUUCGGGUCAGGAUGGACAGCCGCUGCGCAUUACCACUAAAGGAGGAAUGGGGAACGGACUGGAGCUCAUGCUGGACAUCCAACAGGACGAGUACCUGCCUGUGUGGGGAGAGACAGAUGAGACGUCAUUCGAGGCUGGCAUCAAAGUGCAGAUCCACACUCAGGACGAGCCGCCGUUCAUCGAUCAGCUCGGCUUCGGGGUGGCGCCAGGCUUCCAGACGUUCGUAUCCUGCCAGGAGCAGAGGUUGAUGUACCUUCCCCGUCCGUGGGGCGACUGCAGGUCGGAGCCGAUGGAUUCGGAUUUCUUCACUUCGUACAGCAUCACCGCCUGUCGCAUCGACUGUGAGACCCGUUACCUGGUGGAGAACUGUAACUGUCGCAUGGUGCACAUGCCUGGUGACGCUCCGUACUGCACCCCAGAACAGUAUAAAGAGUGUGCGGAUCCAGCGCUGGAUUUCCUGGUGGAGAGGGACAACAACUUCUGCGUAUGUGAGACGCCCUGCAACAUGACCCGCUACGGUAAGGAGAUGUCCUUCGUCAAGAUCCCCAGCAAGGCGUCGGCCAAGUACCUGGCCAAGAAGUUCAACAAGACGGAGCAGUACAUCGCGGAUAACAUCUUGGUUCUGGAUAUCUUCUUCGAGGCCCUGAACUACGAGACUAUCGAGCAGAAGAAGGCCUACGAGCUGCCCGGAUUACUGGGUGAUAUUGGUGGUCAGAUGGGCCUCUUCAUUGGAGCCAGUAUUUUGACUAUUUUGGAGCUCUUCGACUAUCUUUAUGAGGUAAUCAAGUACAAGCUGUGCCGCUGCAGGAAGAAGAACCACAAACGCAGCAACAGCAACGACCGGGGCGCCGUGCUGAGCCUGGACGACGUCAAGUGCCACGCUCCAUGUGAAAACCUCCGUACGCCCUCCACGUAUCCUGCCAACAUCCUACCUCACCACCCCGGACAGGCCAACUUCGAUGACUUUACGUGCUGAGCAGACAGGAAAUGAGCUGCGGCAGGUGGAUUUGUAGUUAAACAACCAAAGCCGACGACAUCCACACAACUACAUCCACCCGACCCACCCGGACCACCAUAGAAACGAUCGUGCUGGAUGUUACCGCACCACCAUGUAGGUCAUGUACAGAACCCCCAUGAAUCAAAACAGUUUACAACAUCAGGAGAAAAAAAACGACGUCCACCAACAGACCAGGCGUGAACUUUUACUAGAACAUGGAACACUGCCUCAAAGGGAACUCUGUCCUUGAGAAGCCUUUGAAACGUGGAGGUUUCCUGCAGCACCGUGACCCGGACUUGCUGUUGCCGGAGCCUCAUGCCUUUUGUGUACAUAACGUUGGCUAUACGCUGUCGAACCGAACGGCUUACUUAGAUUCUUCAGAUAUUAUCGUGCUUAAUCCAUGUAGCGGCAUUCGUGGUGAACGAUCCAUCAGCCACGGUCGAUGUGUCUCAUUUCAGGAGGAGGUCGGAGGCUGCGUUCUGCGGCGUUUCAUCCCGUGAUCUGCAUGCUUGUACUCGUCUUCCCGUGCAUGUUUUCUGUUUUAUCAUUCAUAUCGCCGAGUUUGCCUCAUUUAUAUACAGGUGAGUGUGUGAGUGGGAGUCUGGGUGCCUUAAACCCUACAAAGUUUGUGAUUUGGCAUGUGGGUCGAUGACAUGGUCGAAUUUACUUAAUUUUAAAAAUGAUUCAAUACAAGAACUCUCGGAUAGAUUCUCAGUCUAAUGUGUUCUGAAACUUAAAUGGGACGUCAUUUCUUUGCCCCUACAGCAGAGACUACUACUGUCUGGUUGAGCUGCCAGCACGAGUGGUGGAGGAAUACAGAGAGCAUAGCAUGUUCUGCCACGUCAUAAAGCUUUCUAUAGAAAACUGCUCUGGAGAAAUUUGUAAUUGAGACCAAAGUGGGAAAAAAUUGGGGAAAAAAAGAUGAUUAUUAUUACUACAACUACUUCUAAUAAUAAUAAUAAUUAUCACAAUGAUAAAUAAAUAUUAUUUAUUACCUUUAUUAUUCUCUUUAUUAUUAUUAUUAUUAUUAUUGCCAUUAUUAUUAUCAUUAUUAUUACUAUUAUUAUUACUUUUGCCAUUAUUAUUAUUAUUGCCAUUAUUUUUAUUAUUAUUAUUCUCAUUAUUGUUAUUAUUAUUAUUAUUAUCAUUAUACUUAUUUUUAUUAUUUUUAAAUUUAAGGUAUAAAACCACUAAUAAUAAAUACAGAAUGAUGUCCUUUUUGAAGGCCCUGUCACUGACCCGUGUGUUGAUUCAGAUAUCGUGUACGAUUCUCUCGUCGUUAUUUUUGAUGCCAUGUGACUCGUCUGUACGUGCGUUUAUGAUUGUGUUUCACUGCUUAGCAGCGAUCAUUUCUGGAACUGUUAGUGUCGCAAAUGUCAUAUCAAAGCACAAGACCGCCGAUAUGUAAAAGAUACGAUGUAAAAAAAAAGAAUCUGAUUCUUACCUGAUCAUCAUGUUAAUCUGAAUUAUUCUCACUAUUAUAUCCAUCAGAUUUUUCUUUUUCUACUCCAGAAAAGCAGUAGUGAAUUGCCUGAUAGUCCAGUCUCUCUCUUUCCAGACUGUUUUAUUUAUCGAAGGUAUAAUAAAUAUCAGUCAGAAUUUUAUGUUA